AUGUCAGACCGACUGACACAAUUGCAAGAUCUUAUUAAUGAGUUGGCAUCGUUUAUGACGAAUGCGAUUGGUGUAUUGCAGGCCACCGCUCCUCCCUGUGAUUUCGAUCGCAGCAAUCCAGAACUGGAGGAAGAAACAAAUUGUCAGUUGUUUGCGGCACAUAUAGCUAGGACGGCGAAGGAUGUUGAGGUUCUAAUUGAUUCAUUCCCGAUUGAGGAUGCUGGAAAUGGAGAUACCGUAGAACAAUUACUACAAGUGGAUGCAGAAAGAUCGAAAGUGGCUCGUGAAUUAGAAUGCGUUGUUGGCGAGGGAGAGGAUCUCGUACAACGCAUCCAACAAAAACUUUCAGAUAUUGCACGCGUUCAGAUAAUGUCUAGACCUUCUUGUUGA